AUGGAUGCUGAAGGUCACAUCGCCAGUUUGACACGCGAUCGGCCACCCGAAUCUCCAACAGGCCCGCAUGUUGCAAAACUAAAUAAACAAUUUGGGGCCCGACGCGACCGAGCUGUCGAGCCCGAUAACAUACAGAGCUGCCGACUGCUUCCGGAAGACGGUGACCAGAAAAACGCAUGUCGAAGAAUUCUCUCGAGUCAGGACCCUCCCUCCCUUGGCCGAACUUCCUAUCUGGUUCUCAAUUUUUUCGGCAUUGAGCUGGCCCCAGUUCUCAGUUCCUUCCACUGUAAUGCCCAGGCGCGUGGCAUUGACUGUUCAUACGUGUCAGAACUAGUAAUUGCAGAGCCAGACCCAGGCGGACUAGUCCGGCAAUUGAACUUGAAGUGGAGAUGGCCACCUGAUGCCUGCGCAAAGGGUCAUACCGAAGAUUAUUUCGACGAGCCGGAGGCCCCACAGCACCUCACGUUUGACCAGUGGCCCAUACCACCAGCACUCACUGAUCGGGCAAACUGCUUGAACCGCUUGCUGGCUAAGUUCUGUAUGUACGACCAGGUCUGCGAUCUCGCUGCGCGACCGGUCAGUUCACUCUGUGCUAUCACAGCUCCCCGAGCAGUACUUGAUGGGAGUGCCGUCGGCGUCGACGAUCAGUUCAACGUCUUACGACAUACUAGCUCAUCCUACUCAUUUAAAUACGUACAACUCUCGAGCGACAUUCUGAGAAUGCUUCUCUUAAUCAAAAGGUUGACCUUGUUCUUUACACUUGUUCCUAACCGAAAUUGCACGCCCGUGGGAUUCGAGAAUUUCGCACUUGAGGAAACGGCUGAGACGCUAAACCAUGCAGGGGCGAUGGAAUCGAGAAAACAAAAAUUACCGUUCAAUCCACAAAUGGAAGCACAAAAAAAAGAUUGGCAUUCUAUGAUCCAGUCUUAUGAUUUGCUAUUGGACUACAAACACAACAUAAAGGAAAAUGAAGCUCAAACCGUUCACUUUGAAACCAUAAACAACGCAGUCCAAGGAUUGACCAUAUGCCACAACUACCUUCGCCAUAUAUUCGGAGUACCAGGAGAAUCACUUCGAGAUGCUUUAGGCGUACAUAAGGAUCCAUCUGAAAGGCUUGAAGAAUCUGAUGGUGCAUACAAAAGCUCCAUUUGGAAUCUUAUUUCAGUUUUAGAAACCCCCAUGAACAUGCCUGAGCCCCUCCAUCAUGUCCAAAUCGCUGGCAAUGACUGUAUCUUGCAGACCAUAGAAUACAUACGUAAAUAUAACCUUGCACCGGCUGGUAUGGCUGAGGAAAUUCAAAUCUCAUUCAAGAGUCAGCGUGCUUUAGAAUGGCUUACAAAGUCCUCUAUAGAUAUAUUUAGACAAGGGACAAAGUUUCAUAAUGAUUAUCAUUGUCGGCCGUUUGAAGAAGUACAUUUGAAAAAUCAUUUCCAGCUGACUAAUUUCAAUAAUCUGUAUCAAGAUCUUUCAAAGAGUCAACAGGAUUGGUGUUUAUUUCAAUAUCUGGCGGCUAGGAUGAAUCCUAAAGCACAAAAAGCAAUCAUGGAAGAUGAAACUUCCCCGAAAGGAUUUUUCAAACCAAUGCUUGAACUGAUUCAAUUUUCAAGAAAGCUAAAGAAAUUUCUUCUGAACGAGCUAGAGAGCGAUAACAACCUUCUUGAUCCAAGAAUCGAAUUCUUGAGGGAUAGCAAAGUUGAUUUGGUUAAGUUGAUUGAAUUUAUCACCGAACCGGCUUUGGAGCGUGGUAUGAGUCUAUUUGAUCUCAAGAUCAUUGUUGGAAAUAUGUUUGCAACAGUAGACUUCAUCUUGAGCAGAUUUCUAAACGGUUACAGAGAUGAAAACGGAUCAGGAUUACAAAUGACCAAAGCAAUGGAAUUCAGAAAAAAGAUGAAAUUGCUUAGACUGGCGACCAAUAUUUACAUAUGGAGGAACAUGGUCUUUGAUUACGACCACUACAUUUCAAAAUAUGAAGAUGAGGGUCAUAAGAUACCUAAAAGCGUCCAGGAAGCAACAAGAAAUUUCUACUGGAGAAACUUGAACAAAUAUGUUGCAUCUUACAAAAGCAUGAGAGACAACCAAUCAAAGCAAGACUAUGACUGGAAACAGAAAAUUGAAGGCAACAUCUAUUACAAGCAUAUCACAGAUACAUAUGAUCGUGAAUGUGAGAAAUUGGAAGACCUACACAGGAAUUUUGAGAACUCAAAAGAAUGA